AUGGCCAGCCACGAACGAAAUCCUCACGAGUUGGACCCUGAAGACGAUGAUAUUCUUGACGCCGAUGAGGCCGACGAGGAGAUUGACGAAGACGGUGACCAGCCAAUGGACGAUGACGAUGAGGAGGAGAUUCAACUACAGAAUGACUCUGCGGCAUACUUCGACGCGCAUCAAGACAGCAUCUUCUGCAUAGCCCAGCAUCCUACCAAUCCAGGCAUCGUCGCUACAGGGGGCGGUGACGACGUGGCCUAUGUCUUUGAUGCCACCCUCGCACCAGGGCCUGUACUGCCCAGCUCUUAUGAGAGCGAACCCAAACAGCAGACUGAAAGAGCAGGACUACAAGCACUCGAGAAGUUGGAGGGCCACAAAGAUUCCGUCAACGCAAUUGCCUUCACCUUGCCCAAGGGCGACUACUUAGUGACGGCCGGGCUCGAUGGACAACUACGAGCAUACCAGAGCGACAAGUCGGCGACCAAGUACAAGUUCUUCGCCGAUGCUUCCGAGGUGCAGGAAAUCAACUGGGUCGAGCCUUGCCCGAAUCCGAAUCAGCCGAACGUGGUUGCCUUAGGCGCCAACGACGGCUCGGUCUGGGUGUAUCAGAUCAAUGCUGCCGACACUUCAAGUCCGCUGACCAUUAUACAAGCCUACUAUCUGCAUACAGCAGCCAGCACUGCUGGUGCCUGGACACCUGAUGGCAGUCUUCUAGCCACUGUUUCGGAAGACGGCAGCUUAUACGUCUGGGAUGUCUUUGGCACCGGCCAAGCAGUCGUGUCCCAGACUGCUACAGAUCAGAGGUUCGAAAUCGAUGGAGGCCUCUACAGUGUGGCUUGCAACCAGAGCCUUGUUGCUGUGGGUGGCGCGACUGGCAUGAUCAAAGUCGUUGGUUUGCCACAACAAGCAGAUCAGUCAAAGAAGAACAAGGCCGCCAAGGGCUCAAAUACGAUAGCGUCAUCCGCCGGACAGAUUCUUGCUUCGCUACAUCCCCAGAAUGAGAGCAUAGAGACCUUGUCUUUCUCGUCGGCACCACUGAAUCUGCUUGCGGCCGGCAGUGUUGACGGCUCGAUUGCACUGUUCGACACCGCUCAUCGAUUUGCGAUGAGGAGACAUAUCAAGGAAGCUCAUGAGGAGCAUGCAGUUGUCAAGCUGGACUUCGUACGAGGCUCGCAACGUGGCGGGCACAUCCUGACGAGCGUUGGCAUGGAUGGAGUCGUGCGACGCUGGGAUGUGCGCGGCGGUACCACUGCUGCUGGACAAGGCUUUCUGAAAGAAUGGAAAGGGCACAGAGGCGAUGGUGAAGGUGGCGGUGUGCUCGGCUUUGUCCAAGGAGGGCCAGGGAAUGUUAUAGUCACUGCUGGCGACGAUGGUGUCUCACUGGUCUUCAGGGCAGACAUUGCCUGA